AUGACUCAGAAAGUGCUCCUUCUCGGCUCUGGUUUCGUCGCCAAGCCAACUGUCGACAUUCUCGCUAAACAGAAAGACAUCGAAGUUACUGUCGCAUGCAGAACUCUCUCGAAAGCCAAGGAAUUGGCAGGCUCUGUUGCCAACGCAUUGUCGUUGGACGUUACUGACCAAGAUGCUCUGGACGCUGAGGUCAAUAAGUACGAUGUGGUGAUCUCUUUGAUCCCAUACAUCUACCACGCUGCCGUCGUCAAGGCUGCAAUCAAGUCGAAGCACACCAACGUCGUCACCACCUCCUACAUCUCCCCUGCUCUGAGAGAGUUGGAGCCAGCCAUCAAGGAGGCCGGCAUUGUCGUGAUGAACGAGAUCGGUCUGGACCCAGGUAUCGACCACUUGUACGCCGUCAAGACCAUCGACGAGGUCCACAAGGCCGGUGGUAAGAUCACCUCUUUCCUGUCGUACUGCGGUGGUCUGCCAGCACCAGAAAAUUCUGACAAUCCAUUGGGAUACAAGUUCUCGUGGUCUUCCAGAGGUGUUCUCCUUGCUCUGAGAAAUCAAGCCACAUACUGGAAAGAUGGCAAGGUCGAGAAGAUUGCUUCCGAGGACUUGAUGGCCUCUGCCAAGCCAUACUUCAUCUAUCCGGGAUACGCGCUGGUCUGCUACCCUAACAGAGACUCCACUGUUUACAAGGAGCUCUACAGCAUCCCUGAGGCCCAGACCGUUAUUAGAGGCACUUUGAGAUUCCAGGGAUUCCCAGAGUUCGUCAAGGUUCUUGUCGACAUGGGAUUCUUGAAAGAGGAUCCAAAUGAAAUUUUCUCCAAGCCUAUUCCAUGGAAUGAGGCUGUUUCCAAGUACAUUGGAGCUGCCUCUCCUUCUGAGAAGGACAUUGUUGCCAAGAUUGACUCUCUAACCAAGUUCAAGGACGAGGCCGACAGAGAGAGAAUUUUGGCUGGUCUCAAGUGGCUCGGCCUGUUCUCCGACAAGAAAAUUACUCCUGCCGGCAAUCCAUUGGACACCCUGUGCGCCACUCUUGAGGAGCUGAUGCAGUACGAAGAGGGCGAAAGAGACAUGGUCAUUUUGCAACACAAGUUCGGCAUCGAGUGGGCGGACGGCAAGACCGAGACUAGAACCUCUACCCUGGUCGACUAUGGUGUUCCUGGCGGUUACUCCUCAAUGGCCAAGCUGGUUGGUGUUCCUUGUGCCGUUGCUGUCUUGCAAGUCUUGAAGGGUGCCUUCCCAGGCCCAGGCCUCUAUGCUCCAAUGACUCCAGAGAUCAAUGACCCUAUCAUGAAGAUCUUGAAGGAUGAGUACAACAUCUACCUGACCGAAAAGACUUUGUAA